AUGUCGUCGCAGGCAAUUGCGACGUCCACAAGAGGUCUGCGGGAUUUUCAUUCUCCAAUCGACGUGCACAACUUUUCAGAUUCACCAUGGUCCGACCACUCGAAUUCUCACAACACUGCCUCGAAACCCGAGGAUGAAUUAAACCAAAACGGCGAAACGCAAUCUCCCACCGCUACCCAGCCAUCUUGGAAUGAAAUGGAUGCGCAACAACGGAACAGAGCUGUUGGUAACCUGCUCGCAGCUUUGGUGCCCGUCAGUCCCACCCAGACCACAACAGCAGCUGCACAGACAGACCUCGCACCUGUUGCAAACAAGAGUGAUGACACGUUCAAACCAAGAGACAACCAUCUCAGUACUACCCCUGCGGAGACAACAGAGUCGACCAACGACAAUGUCAACCCAACUUUAAACACCUCACAUCCUCCUCUUCCACCACUCAGUAACGACGGACUUAUGGAUGAACACGGUCCUCCGCCGUUCCCUCCUCCCCUCCCUCUAGAUUCACUUGAGCGGCUUCAGACCGAAGUGCCUGCGACAGAAUCCUUCACGAUGCCCUCCCAGAUGGAGUUACAGCCUCCAAUUGCAUCCCAAGGUCUAGUCCGAGAACGGCGAGAAGUCGAAGCUUUCGCAAAGAUUGAGUUCGAGGAUGGGAACUAUUAUAUCACCACAUAUGCAUGUGAACUGGGUCGAGAUGCUUUUGCGUACAGAGCUGCACUGGUUAAGGCCGAAGAAGAAAGGCUGGCUGGAAAAGGCCGUGCUCAAAGCUCCAGUGGCAGACGGUCCGGUUUGUCUGAGGGUAUCUCAAGACCUGGUGACAGCCAAGUGCAAGGAAGCGUGGUUAGUGAGGCCGGAGGCUUUGGUGGUGUCGACGAUGGUCCAAUUCUAGAAGAGGGUGAUCAAGGCGACGCUCAUCCGAUUCAUUCCCAUUCAUCCGAGAGAUCUGCUGGUAGUGUGGUGAAACCCCAAGAAGUGCUGAUCAACCCCCCGCUUAUUCCAUUCGAUUACCACAAAAUGAGCGAACGGCAGGCACAGCUGGAGCAGGACCUCGAUGCGGACCAAGAUAACGAGCUACCAGCGCCGGUCACCGCAGACCAUAUUCCUGAUGCCAACAAUUGCCCCCUUAUACCCAUCCAUGCGAUGCGAAAUUUCCAGAAAUCAGAACUGGAGAAUCAUAGGAGUAUUUCCCGCCGACACGUCAAGAUUCAGUGGGAUUUUGACAAGGAAUGUUUUAUCAUGAUAGUCUUGGGCCGGAAUGGUGCUUUCUUGGAUGAUCAGUAUCUCCAACGAGGUUCAGCAAAGCGUCUUCGUGACGGCUCCAAGAUCCAAAUCUCGAAUGUCUGGAUGACUUUUCGACUGCCAAAUCGAAAGACCGAAUUAUCAAGUGACGAUUCGGAGCGCGAAGAAGGAGGUCGGAGUCCUCCCCCGCAGCGUAGCACCUCGCCCACUUCCAACGAACCCACCGGGAGUAUUUCUCCCUCGCGAAAUGGGAAGAACCAAACGAAAGUCGUCUUGACAACGGGUCAGAAAGCAUCGCUAGCGGCUUCAGAUCCUUUGAUUGGACCCGAUGGUCAACCCUUGCCUCCAAGAAAGCGUGGACCUGGAAGACCUCCCAAGGACGGAAUCAUGUCUACCCGAGAGAGGAGGGAGAGGGAGAAAGCUCAAAAGUUGGCGGAUGCAAAAGCUGCGAAUGGCGGAAAGACGCCACCGCCCUCAAUGAAAGGGAAAAUGGCUAAGCCGACUCCCAAAGAAGAAGUUAUCAAGGCCGAUCCAAAACCGGAGAAGAGAAAGUACAAAAAAAGGAAGCGAUCUGGAGAGGAUGGCGACAUUCUGCAAUCUAUUGAGGGUGGUGAAAUCGACCUUCCCAGCGAACCGGAAAAGCCGCCAACAAAGAAAGCAAGACAAUCAAAAUCGCCUACUCCAGAAUAUCCUGCUCUGGAAAGUUUGACCGAAGAGCAGCUCGCCAGGCCGUCCGAGCCAUAUGCUCGUUUGAUAUACGACAUUCUAACGGACAUUUAUCCCAAAGCUCUCCCGUUGAGGCAAAUUUACAGAGCGUUGAAGCUCAAAUUUCCAUUUUUCGUGUACAGGGUCGACUCUGAAGGCUGGCAAAGUAGUGUCCGGCAUAAUUUGAACCAAGAGUGGAACAAGUUGUUCGAAAAGGGAGAGAAGGAGGGCAAAGGGUUUGCCUGGAAAGCAAUCCCUGGUGCUCUGCAACCACAAGCAGAAAGGAGACGAGCUGCUCAACAAGCAGCAGCAGCUAAACCCAAACCAACUUCCACACCACGUCAACAUCCUCCACAAGGGCCUCCUCCUUUGAACUGGCAGAAUAGCACUCCUUAUGCUCAGCAACAUGGUAUGCCCCCUAGAGGGCCUCCUCCACCUUUCUUCGUGCAAGGCCCAAAUGGUCAAAUGCCACCACCACCAAAUGGUAUACCAUGGCCUCUCCCUCCCCCCCCUCCUCCUGCUGGUGGGAUGCCAACAUCGACCGCACCAAAUACAGAUGGAAGUGUGCCCGCCAUAUUACCGCCUGGUCAACAUCCCCCGUUCUAUCCUCCUCCCCAAGCAGGUCAUCCAUCAUUUACCCCACAACGGUCACCAUCACAGUCCGGUCCUGAUCAAGCAACGCCUCCAGCACAUCAAGGGCCUCCUCGAUCUUCUCCGUCAGCGUCUACACCGGUCCCGCCUUCCUCCAUUCCCACCAGUUCUUCCGCAUCUCGAAAUAUGCCGUGCACGACAGAUGGUCUGAUCGCCAUCAGAAGAUUUGAGAACGCCAUGUAUCAGCAAGUAGGCGACCCGACGAAAAUUGAAUAUUGGCAAAGAAUAUUUGCCUCGGUCAAACGUCGAUUACUACAUGGUGCUCCUCAUUCUUUGUUGCCAGAGGGCGAAACGAAAGAGGAGCUUACAAUCAUGGAGCAUGUCCGACGAUUUAUCGAACGCUUCAAGAACCCUAAUUUCGUCGGGUUUUCUCUCGAGCAGCCAAGGGGGACUAGUUCACCAGCUCCGGUCAACAUGGCCAAUGCCGGCGAAAAACCUAGCUCCUCACAACCAGUGAUAGCGCCCGUCCCUGCAGAGACUGGGGCUUCAAUAACUGCUGAGGGUGCUCCAAAGAGCGACACCCAGCCGAAUGAGAAUGAAUCGUCAGCAGAGGAUAAGGGAAAACCUAAGGAGCAGCCCACGAAUUUAGAUGAACCAACGGCUUAG